AGUAAGGUCAGUCAGGUUAGUUUGUUUGGUUUGUCCGUUUGGAAUUUGGUUUGUAACCUGUACUCUCCUCAAAUUAGUGAAAUUUCUCCCCUGCUCGUGGAUUAGCUAGCACACAUUGUGUUAGUGAACCACGUUAAAUUUGUGUUCGUUCGUGUUGGUUUGGAUUAUCGAUUGCACGCUUCUGUUCUGACAAGUGGUAUCAGAGUCUGGUUGCGGUUUUGGGGAUUUGGCGCUGGACUGAAGUUUUGCUUUGUGGAGUUUGGUUGGAGUUUGUUUGAUAGUAAGAAUGGCUGCUAUCAGUAUGAAGAUUGAGAAGUUUACCGGAAGAAACAGUUUCAGUUUGUGGCAGAUCAAGAUGCAAGCACUGUUGAAACAACAGGGUUUGUGGGCUCCGUUGUCUGGAAAAUCGAAGAAGGAAAGUAUAGAUGAAGAAGAGUGGAUUACUUUGGAGGAGAAAGCUCACUCUACAAUCUUGCUUUGUUUGGCUGAUGACAUCAUCACUGAGGUUGCUACUGAAAAGACUGCUGCAGGCUUGUGGUUGAAGCUUGAAAGUCUAUACAUGACAAAGUCUUUAACUAACAAGUUGCAUAUGAAGCAACGUUUGUUCAGUUUGCGUAUGGAGGAAGGUACGUCUCUCAGAAAUCAUAUAGAUCAACUCAAUACUAUCUUGCUAGAUCUGCGGAAUAUUGAUGUUAAAAUAGAUGAUGAGGAUGCUGCCUUAAUUCUGUUAGUAUCUUUGCCACGGUCGUAUGAGAAUUUUGUGGAUUCUUUUAUUGCUGGGAAAGAUAGUUUGUCUUUGGAAGAUGUCAGAUCUGCUCUACAUACUAGGGAGGUUUGGCAUAAGGCGUAUGGUUCAUGUUCGGAAAAUCUGGCAUCUGGGUUGGCUGCUACGAGUAGUAGGAGACAACAAUCUGGUAAUAGGAAGGCGAAGACAAAUUCGAAUUCUGCUGGUUUGAAGGAUGAUAUCUGUCAUUACUGCAAGGAGAAAGGACAUUGGAAAUUUGAUUGUCCUAAACUGAAGAAAUAUCAGGAGAAGAAGGAAUCAUCUGCUGUUGUGGCGGAAGAAACUAACUCUGAUUCUGAAGAUGGUUUAGCCUUAGCAGUGAAUGAACAGGUACAUCAUCAGGAUGUGUGGUAUUUAGAUACUGCAGCUGAUUAUCAUAUGUGUCCAAGCAAGGAGUGUUUUUCAACUUAUGAGCAUAUAGAUGGAGGACAUGUUUCUAUGGCCAAUGGUGCUAUCUGUAAGAUUGUUGGAAGAGGCUCCGUCAGGAUGAGGACACAUGAUGGUUCUGUUCGCACCUUGAACAAUGUUAGGCAUAUUCCAGAGAUGACUAAGAAUCUGAUAUCUUUGAGUCUACUCGCCAGCAAGGGUUUCAGUUUCAAAGGUGAAGGUGGAGUGUUGUCUGUCUACAAGGGUUCUAAGGUGAUUUUGAAAGGUGUCAAGCGGGGUGCCUUGUAUAGUCUACAAGGUUUUGUUUUGACAUGUUCUGUUGGUGAUAAGUGCACCAAGUUGGUUCUAAAUGGCAAGUCUCAAUAUGGAUUGGACUUGCUGAAUGGUUUGAUUUGUUGACCGUCCUUAGGGGCAUCUGGAGGCGGGGGAGAUUCUGGUACAGCUGAUUUGGAGGAGUUGGGUACAUCUGGCAACUUUGGUUGCAUCUUGUGCAUUUGGUAUUAGAGAGAGAAUUCAAAUCAAGGUGGAGAUUGUUAGAAUAUGACUUGAAUUUGAUUGGUUUUGUUUUGUGUUUUAGGCAUAUUUUGUUUGGGUUUGGGAUUGAGUUUUGUUUUGACCUUUUCCUUGUAUGUUUGGGACAAGGUGUUUGGUUUUCUGUUUGGGAUUAGGAGAAGAGUUCUAUAAAUACUCUUCAUCACC